AUGCGCGAGGAGGACAAGGGCGUGCUCGACAGUGGCGGCAGCGAUGCGGGCCUGGCCAACGCCGCAGCUCGGGGGCAAGUGGAGACGGUGCGGCAGCUCCUGGAAGCGGGCGUGGAUCCCAACCGAGUCAACUACUUCGGGAGGCGUCCGAUCCAGGUCAUGAUGAUGGGCAGCACCCGUGUGGCAGAGUUGCUGCUGCUCCACGGGGCGGAACCCGACUGCAUGGACCCGGCCACCCUCACCCGGCCGGUGCAUGACGCCGCGCGAGAGGGCUUCCUGGAUACGUUGGUGUUGCUGCAUCAAGCCGGGGCGCAGCUGGACGUGUACGACGCCUGGGGCCGCCUGCCCGUGGACCUGGCUGAGGAGCAGGGUCACCACGACGUCGUCCAGUACCUGCGUGCAGCCAUAGAAGUCUGA